GCGCGCGGCAGGAAGUGACGCGGGAGCGCGCGCGCGGCGGCGGCGGUGGCGGCGAGUUCAGGGAAAGUUCGCGACGGCCGCGCUGCGGGAGGGCGAUGACCGUCGUCGAGGCGGAGGCCGGAGCUCUGGGUCUGGGAUGUCGCGCCCGGCGUUGCCGGUGACCGCAGCACGGACAGCGGCUGGCCGCGGUUGCGAGGAGGCUAUUCGGCGGAGUCAGAGGAAAGGUCAAGGUGCAAGUAGACAAGGAGCCGGAUGAGAAUGAAGAGAUGAAAUGAUUUCCUGGCUCAGUAACAGCAAUGGGCUGCGGGAUAAGCAAAGUGCUUCCCGAGCCAACUAAGAACUUCCAUUUGGAUCUCGUCAAAACUGUGGAGCCAUACACUGGCCAAAAUGGAGAUAAAUACAAGCACUUUAUUAAAGACAAUACCGCCAAGAAUCGGAACAAGAAUGAUGCACCUCCACCUCAUCAGACUAAUGCCCACCAACAGAGUGGGCAUUGGGACCAGCAAAAUGAUCCUCGUAGGAAUAAAGUGGCAAAAUAUCGUGCCAAAUUUGACCCCAGAGUGACUGCAAAGUAUGACAUCAAGGCCUUGAUUGGGAGAGGAAGUUUCAGCCGGGUUGUCAGAGUGGAGCACAAAAGCACCAAACAACCUUAUGCAAUAAAACUAAUUGAGACAAAGUACAAGGAAGGCAGGGAAGUCUGCGAGUCUGAGCUCAAUGUCCUCCGGAGAGUGAAGCACACAAAUGUUAUACAACUUAUUGAAGUAUUUGAGACUCAAGAGCGAGUGUAUAUGGUAAUGGAGCUUGCUACUGGAGGUGAACUCUUUGACAGGAUCAUAGCCAAAGGUUCCUUUACUGAACGUGAUGCCACAAAAGUGUUGCAAAUGGUUCUUGAUGGCGUUAAAUAUUUGCACAUUCUAGGCAUCACACAUAGAGACCUGAAACCUGAAAACUUGCUGUAUUAUCACCCAGGUGCUGAUUCUAAAAUUAUGAUCACAGAUUUUGGAUUAGCAAGCACUCGAAAGAAAGGUGACGACUGUCUCAUGAAGACGACCUGUGGCACCCCAGAAUAUAUUGCUCCUGAAAUCCUUGGGAGGAAGCCUUACACAAAUUCUGUUGACAUGUGGGCAUUGGGUGUAGUUUCUUAUAUUUUAUUAAGUGGAACCAUGCCCUUUGAAGAUGAUAAUCGUGCUCGAUUAUACAGGCAAAUACUGAAGGGAAAAUAUAGUUACUCGGGAGAGCCAUGGCCCAGUGUUUCGAACCUAGCCAAGGAUUUUAUUGAUCGACUUCUCACUGUGGAUCCGAAUGAGAGACUGAUUGUGGGCCAAGCCUUGAAACAUCCUUGGAUAGUAAGCAUGGCAGCCUCCUCGUCAAUGAAAAAUCUGCAUCGCUCCAUCUCUCAGAACCUAUUGAAGAGAGCUUCAUCUCGAUGCCAAAGCACCAAGUCCGCCCAGUCCACAAGGUCUAGCAGGUCCACAAAAUCUAACAAGUCGCGGAAAGUACGAGAGCGGGAACUGCGAGAGCUAAAUUUACGGUACCAGCAGCAGUGUGAGGGAUGAAAAGAGACUUGGAGCUUUUUCACAUAAUGUUGCCUUUCACUGUGCACUUUCUAUUCAUGUAACUUUCAGCAGCACAUUGACUAUUUUGGAUUCAGUGACUUGUUAACUUGGAGAGAUUGGACAAACCACUUUUGCAAUUUAACAAGAUCUGUCAGAUCUCUUUUCCAAAAUUCACUGCUAAUUCAUGAGAAAUGGUUAUAUGCUGAGUGUUGUUCAAAUGUGGUGAAUGAUAAUUGAGCCAAUAAGACUAUUUUCCAACUAAAUUAGCAUGUAUGUAAUUAAAUGUACUGGCCAUUUUACAGGGUAAAAUUAGAUUGCAUAUCUCAAAUUUGUCUGAAGUGCUGGAAAUAUCAAACCUCUUUGUUCUUGUUAUAUUUCAUAAUUUCCAAUUAAGUCAAUUUUUAAUAUCGCUUUUGUAAUUAAAAUUAUAUUUACAAUAUUUUUUAAUAAUGUAAUCUGGUAAAAUUGUUUCAUUUACAAUAGCAAGCCUUUUAUACCUUAAAUGAAUUGAAAUGUAGUAAAGUGAAUAUAAUGAUUCGGCAAAUGGAAACCUAGUUUCUUGCUGAAAUGUUUGAAUUAGGUGCGCAAGAAACAGGCACAAACGUCGUAUUCACAAGUGCUUUCCCCCAGUAUCAACUCUCAUACUACUGAACAUCUUUAUUUGCAAUAAAUAGUGAAAAUACCACUUCCCUUCUGUUUUUUAGGGCUGAGCAUUGUUCCGAUGCACUCAGAUUUUGCCAUUACAAGCUGGGGCCUAGUGUCCAUCACUGAUCUCAAGUAAAGGUCUAGUGACCUCUGAUAUGAAUUCAUUUUUCAGAAUUGGUUAAUGUUCAGAGUAUUCUGGCACCUUGCAACAGUGAUGUUCAUCUGGCAGACUGAGCAGGCAAUCUCAAAGGCAGUGAAUAUGAGGUUUUUUUUAAUUCAGAUUUUAUCUUUUACAGAGCACAUAGGUUUUUGCAUGUAUUUGAGAUCAAGGUAGAAGUUGAAAUAACAAGAUUUAAAAGAUACAAUUAAAUGAUCAUUGUUUUGAACAGUAUGGAAUUUUGAAAUGUAUAUUUGAGGAAAUGUUAACACAGCAAUUUUGAGGCCAGAGUAGUGGUUCAGCACAACGUGAUUUAAAAUUCACUUCUUCCUCGAGGAAACAAUGUGUAACGUUUGUGGGGGGUUUUCAUGAGAAAUACUUAUUACUCAUCAGUUCAUGGAUUAUACUGGAGAAGGGAUUCAAUAAUAGUAAUGUCUAGGUUUCCAUGUUUAUGUCUGCUCCUGUAAGUUUUUUAAUAUCUUCCUCUGUUUGGUAAGCGCUUGCAGCCUUCUUAUUAUUUCUCUGUAUAUUUCAGAAAGUAUUUAAAUGAGUCAUUAUUGUGCAGAAUUCAAAAAUCACAGCUGCUGCACACUUUAAAUUUAUGAGCAUUUCAGUUAAUCUAGAUGUGGACAGCAGUUUUUAAAUUAUAGAUUUAUUUAGUAAUCUGGAAUUUGUGUGCUGGAAACAGCGGGAAUUAGAAGUGAAAUUAUUCUAUGACUGAAGGACCCCAAUCUAGUUAAUAGAAUACAUGGUGAGAGGAACAUGGCUGAGAAUGGAAGAGGAAAGUAUUGCUGUGUUAAUGAACAGAAGCCACAUCUGAACUUUAUGGUGAUAUGUUCUUGUGGCAAAUAUAUGCAAACAUUAAUUACAGGAGGACCAAACCCAUGUUCUUUCUUCUAUAUUUUCAGUUCUGACUUUAAUACUGAAAUUAAUUUCUUCCUCUGGACCGUCACACCGUUUGCAGUUUGGGUGAAUGGGUAAACGGGUAAACACAUGUUGUCAAUCUGCAAUUGCUGUGAAUCAACCCAUGGUUUGUGAACACAGUCGGCCCAAUGUAUUUUUUCAAUCUAGCGUUACUGAAAUGGAAUAGUUCUUGCCUCUCCAAUGGCAGUAAUACCAACAUUGUGAUGGAGUUAUAGAUGUAGUUGAGUGUGUGAGCAAAAUGGAGAUGCAAGUAACAGCAGAUGCUGGUUUACAAAAAAAAGACACAAAGUGCUGGAGUAACUGUGCAGAUCAUGCCGUUUCUCUGGAGAACGUGGCUGAAGUUUUGGGUUGGGGCUCUUGUCCAUAGACUGACUAAGGUGAGGGAUGAGGGUCCUGACCCAAAACAUUACCUAUCCAUGUUCCCCUGAGAUGCUGCCUGACCCGCUGAGUUAGUCCAGCACAUUGUGUCUUUUUUUUAAUGAGAAAAUGGUUGAUUUUAAGAUAAGUUGUCCUGUAUCAUGGUAUAUUAGUUUGCACUGUGCAAAUUUUUGCUGAGGUGCUUGUCUCUGCUAUAGUUCAGUAGUGUAAACCUGUAAUUAAUAAUCUUGUGUAGGGAGGAACUGCAGAUGCUGGUUUAAAUUGAAGACAGACAAAGCUGGAGUAACUUAGCGGUUCAGGCAGCAACUCUGGAGAAAAGGAAUAGGUGACGUUUUGGGUCGAGACCAUUUAUUCCAAUUGCUAAUCGUCUUUUUUUGCUGAGCUUGCUCACCACAUUGGCUCUUGGUCCUCAAGCCUCCAGAGUAAAAAUGUGUUUGUACAAUUUCCUUAGCUCUUUAUCACAUCUCUACAUUCUUUGGACCUACAGACCCCCUUGGUUCCUUUUGAUUUUUUUCCCCUCUGACUCUGGAACAUUAUGAACAAGUCUCAUUCAUUCAUCCCUAUCAGCAGCUAUGUGAAAUAAAACAAAAAUGCUGGAAGAUCUGGCAACAUCUGUGGAAAGAUAAAGGGGCUUUGACUUGAAACAUUGUUUCUAUUUGUGUAGGUGCUGCCUGACUGACUGCAUUUUUAGGAUUUCCUGAUUAAUUUUGACUUGACUUUAGAGAUACACUGCGGAAAAAGACCCUUCGGCCCACUGAGUCCGCAACGACCAGUGAUCACCCCGUGCACACUAACACUAUCCUACACACUAGAAACAAUUCAUAAUUUUACCAAAGCCAAUUAACCUACAAACCUGUACGCCUUUUGGAGUGUUGGAGGAAACUGCUGCACCUGGAGAAAACCCAUAUGGUUAAAGGGAGAAUGCACAAAUUCCAUACAGACAGCACCUGUGGCCAAGAUCAAUCCCGGGUAUCUGGCACUGUAAGGCAGGAGCUCAACUGCUGCGCCAUUGAGCUGCCUUGGAUUUUCAGUAUACAAUUUCUCUAAUUUUCAUUGGCAGCAGUGUCUUCGAUUGACUAUUUUCAUAUACUCAAAUCCCUCUAAACCUGUAGAGUCUGCCUCUAACACUGUUUCUGAUGAUUACACAGUGUGUUGUGGAAUGCAGUGUUAAAAAUAAAUUGUAUCUUCCAGGUGGAAAAUGGAUACAUACUGAAUGGAAAUGUUUGUGAAUUUUUGAGGAAAGAGCAGGAGUGUGGGAGGAUUGGAUAGCUUUCAAAGUGUUGGAAUUGCUUGUUUGGGCAAAUGGUCUAGUAUAAGUUUUAUGCUUUACUCUUCUUUCCAACCCACAUUUUAAUCACAUUUUUUGUUUAGUAUCUGUUCUUGUCUGAGCACACUGAAAUGCUGUGAGUAAUUGCUCUUAUGUUGGAGGCACAAUACAAAUGCAUGUUGUUGAAAAUAACUAAUCAUAAAGGCUUGUUUUUCUUCAUUAAAACCUUGCAGCUUGCAUUUUUCCCCCCUAAAUGGCACUCGUUGCUGAUGCUGUUUGAAUACCUUGAAUCCCUUUGUAGUAAAUUUGCCAUAUGGAGUCCUUUUUGAUAUUUUUCUGGUUAAGCAAAUUGUGUGCUCAUAUUUUUGGUUAUAUCUAUGUUUGUUAGUGUCCUUUGGCAUUUAAUGAAUCUGCUAUAAUGGUUUUAUAAAGCAAGACACUUUAAAAAAAAAAACAUUUUAAAGGGACAUUUAUUGAUUUUACUAGAAGACGUGUUACUCUAGUAAAGUAAGUUGUGGCAAGGUAGAUGGUUGCUUAAUCCCUGAUGUAGUGGGGUAAGUGAGAGCAGGUAUUAUAUCCAAAUAAUCUGCCACCAUUAACAGCUCCAUGAUGUUUGGGACAAAGACCCAUCAUUUAUUUAUUUGUCUUUGUACUACACAAUUUGAGAUUUGUAAUAGAAAAUAUCACAUGUGGCUAAAGUGCAUAUUGUCAGAUUUUAAUAAAGGCCAUUUUUAUUAAUUUUGGUUUCACCAUGUAGUAAUUACAGCAGUGUUUAUACAUAGUCCCCUCAUUUCAGGGCACCAUAAUGUUUGGGACACAACAAUGUAAUGUAAAUGAAAUUAGUCAUGUUUAGAAUUUUGUUGUAUAUCCUUUGCAUGCAAUGACUGCUUAAAGUCUGUGAUUCAUGGACAUCAUUAGUUGCUGUGUGGCUUCUCUGGUGAUGCUCUGCGAGGCCUGUAUUGCAGCCAUCUUUAGCUUAUGCUUGUUUUGGGGGCUAGUUGGGUUCAGAUCGAGUGAUUGACUUGGCCACUCAAGAAUUUUUUUUUUUUUUUUGCUUUGAAAAACUCCUUUUGCUUCAUCAGUAUGUUUGGGAUCAUAGUCUUGCUGUAGAAUGAACCGCCGGCCAAUGAGUUUUGAGACAUUUGAACUUGAGCAGAUAAGAUGUGUCUAUACACUUCAGAAUUCAUUAUGCUACUAUAUGUACCAUCAGCAGUUGUAUCAUCAAUGAAGAUAAGUGAGCCAUUACCUUCAGCAGCCAUACCUGCCCAGGCCAUAACACCUCCACCACCAGAUGAGGUGGUAUGCUUUGGAUCUUGGGCAGUUCCUUCGCUCCUCCAUACUUUGUUCUUGCCAUCACUCUAAUAUAAGUUAAUCUUUAUCUCAUCUGUUCACGACCUUUUUCCAGAACUGUGGUUGUUCUUUUAAGUACUUUUUGGCAAACUGUAACCUGGCCAUUCUAUUUUUGCGGCUAACCAGUGGUUUGCAUCUUGCAGUGUAGCCUCUGUAUUUCUGUUCAUGAACUCAUCUGCGGACAGUGGUCAUUGACAAAUCCACACCUGAUUCCUGAAGAGUGUUUUUGAUCUGUCGGACAGGUGUUUGAGGAUUGUUCUUUAUUAUAGAGAGAAUUCUUCUGUCAUCAGUUGUGGAGGUGUUCCUUGGCCUGCCAGUCUUUGUGAUUAGUAAGUUCACCAGUGCUCUCUUUCUUCUUAAUGAUGUUCCAAACAGUUGAUUUGGCUGAUGUCUCUAACAGUUUUAUUCUUGUUUCUCAGUCUCAUAAUGGCAUAUUUGACUAUCAUUGGCAUAACUUUGGUCCUCAUGUUGAUAAACAGCAAUAAAAAUUCCAAAAGUGAUGGAAAGACUGGAGGAAAGACUUAGUGCUGAGAGCUCUCUUGUACCUGCAUUAAGGAGGCAAUUAAACACACCUGAGCAAUUACAAACACCUGUGAGGCCAUGUGUCCCUGUGAAUGUGGUCCUGAAAUGGGGGGACUAAAUGUAUAAAAAUACCCUUUAAUAAAAUCUGACAACGUACACUUUAACCACAUGUCAUUUUUUUUUCUAUUACUAAUCUCUGUGGAUUACAGAGACAAAUAAAUAAAUGACGGGUCUUUGUCCCAAACAUUAUGGAGAGCACUGUACAUCAUUGUUAGUGUCUACUGAAAUAUUUUCAUAAAUAAUAAUACUCAUUCUUGUCAACUACCAUGUGUUCUUGACAAUUUUAAAUAAAUUAGUAGUAGCAUGACAGAAAUAAAUCCAUUUGCAUUGCUGAUCUUGGAGAUUAAUGGACCUGUGUGGAUAUCAUGUAUCAUCUUAACAUUUAUUGACUUGCUUUUUCUUACCAUGGGAAACCAGUUUUCAGUACAUACUAAAAAAAUCUGUGAAAUUAGCAAUUAGCAUUAUCUGUGAUGUUAGCAAUCUUGUUUGACUGCUUGAAUAAUUGUUGGGAUUAGUUGAGAUAAGUUUGAUAGGAUUUCAUAUAUAAAACCCAGCUCCUUGCUAGAGAGCACAAGGCUUAAAUUUGAUUAUCUUGCUUCCUGCUCUGUUUUCCAAAGUGAAUUCACUGCAGUAAAACAAGUUUUAUAACAGAUUCACCUUCAAUAUUUCUUAAUGGUCAGUUACCAAAGAGGUUAGACUGCACAAUACACAGUAUGGCUUUGUAUAUGGAUGAGUAGUAUAUGGUGUGCAAUUAGGAACAUGCAGGUCUGAUUAUGACGGGGUCAUUUUACAGUCGGUUUCUCAGUUCAGUUUAAUGACCAGUAAAUCACAAUAAAAAUGCUGCUUAAGAUAAUUGAAAUAAAUUUGGCUAAUGGCAGAAGACACAAUUGCGUACAUGUGGAGUCAGGUUAUACAAUGGCAAUACUAAAUUGAAUGGCUGUGAACACUUUUUAUAUUAAUUGUACUAUGCUAUCUAAACUGUGCUAAUUAGGAUAAACCAGUUUCUUGUCACUUUUUCAAAUGAACUUUGGUGUUUCAUUGCUACUAUUGAUGUAUAUUGAAAUCUAAAUUUUAGCCAAUGAGGAAAUAAUGAAACGUGACUUUCUGGAAAUAAAAGAGAUAAAGAAAUUUUAAAAAAUAGGAGAUGUGGUAUAAGCUUAGCAACGUCUAAGAGGAAAGAUAUAACCUUGUGCCAUCCAAUGCAUAUUCAGUGCAGUACAUUAAUUUUGGAACAUUUAUUUCUAGGAAUUAAUUUUGUCUGUCAUGUGUUAUGAAAUUUAUUGGGAGAAGUAUAAUUCUUCCUGCUGGAGUUGUAUUUUUAAGGAGAGAAAAGCUGACGUGUUUUCCAGGCAGUCCGAGAUGACCUUUUUGUUAAUGACCUUUUCACACAGCUCUAAGCAAGUUGUGCCUAACAUUUUGAGGGGAGAUGUACAUUAACUCCUGGCUCCAUGAUAUGCUUGAAUUUAUUACAAAGCCCUCAGACUGGAAUUAUUUGAUAUUUGGCCUCUGGAUUUCUAGGUUCACAUAACAAGAAAAUAUUAAUUUCAUGUAUGGAAAAAAGAAAAUCUUAAUUCAGUCUAAUUAACCACAGGUAAUAUGACAGUGACUUAAGAGCCAAUAGUACAUUGUAUCACUUAUUAAACUUCAUGGUUGUAUUCCAAAAGAUUAUGGGUUUAUUAUAUUGUUGAAUAAAUAACUUGAAAUUGCUACUUUUUUCUUUAUUGAAAUCUUGUAGUUCUAGAUCUGAAACGUUUAGAAUAUUAGUGAUUUAGUAUAAUGUCUCUGUUAUAUAAAAUAUAUAUAAGAUUCUAUGCCCUGUAGGCCAUUUAAAAAAAAAAGUUAAAUUUUCUUGAAAUGAAAGAGAAUUUAAAGUUGCAGAAUUUCCAUGAAUGUUUUUUAAAGAUCGUCUAGUAUAUAUUAAAUACCCAUGAUUAAAUUAAUAUCUCAUAUUAAUUGCAAAUUAUUUUAAGCUUUUGAUUUACUGUUAAGUUUGUAUAGAAUCAUGUUUCUCAUAAUUUGGCUUGUUGAUCUUUAAUCUUACAAACCUGCUAAAUAACCUAAACUGGAAUUGUGGUUUAAAAUAACUGAAAAACUAUGUGAAAUUUUAACAAUAUACAAAAAUGAUUCAUUUAAGUGAUAAUUCAGAACAAGUAGCUACAUGUUUAGAAUUAAAAUGCAAAUCAAACUGCACAGAGCCAGUAUUUGUCAAAUUGAUUCAUAACUGGACCUAUUCAAAAUUUAUAUUUCAUUAUAAUGUCAUAUCAAUAUUGUAUAUUGUGCAAUUGAGGUAAGAGAUCCGGUACCAAUACAUUAAUUCUAUGUAUGUUUUAUUUUAUUUACUUUUAGACAUUUUUCAUGCUCAGAAUAGUAAUAUAGUUGAUGCUUCAAGGCUUAUUUAGCUAUAGGUAAUUAGUGCACUGUAAGGAGAAUCUCAUGAAACAAUACAAUGUUGUCUGAACCUGCAACAUCAGUAUUUCCUAUGCGGCAAGGCUGAGAAUGCAUUGUUCAGACGUCCAUAUUUGGAAGAAUAUAAUUAUUGUAUGGGUUAAGUAGAAUGUGAUGAAAAUUUCUCGUGCCUCAAACCCUGGUGAUGCUUUGCAUGCAACAAUGUGGCUUACUUGAACUGUUUUAAAAAUUAAUGUGAAAUGAAAGUUUGGGCUUUCACCAAAUCUGGUUAAUUUUGUGUAAAUUUCAAUUAUAUUUGCAGAUGAAUAAUUCUGAGAAUUUAUUGCUGUCGAUUCUCCUAAUAUGAAAGAACACUAGAGGAGGGGCAUCCAAACCUUUGGCCUAUGGCAAAUUCUGGUUUGGUUUAUUUAAAAGGAGGCAUUUUUUUCAACUUAAGAACCACAAGUUGUUUGCACAAGAAGUAGAAAAUGCCUAUAUGUGAUCUCCCAUCACAACAUAGCACCAGACGGUAUUUGUGUGAGGGGGAAAGGGAAUCAUGAAACAGCUAUCGUAGACACAAAAUGCUGGAGUAACUCAGCGGGUCAAGCAGCAUCACUGGAAAAAAGAAAUAGGUGUCAUUGGGUUGAGACCCAAAACGUCUCCUAUUCCUUUUCUCCAGAGAUGUUGACUGACCUGCUGAGUCGCUUCAGGGUUUUAUGACUAUCCUCAGUGAAAACCACCACCUGCUGUUCCUUCCUACGUACAAAAGAGCUGUCAUGUUGGGGGCUUCAUAGGUGUUGCAGAGAGGAUCAGUGGGGGUGGUGGCCGGGUAUAUUGGUAGCAUUGCAAGGGACAUCGCAGGGAAUUUGUGAGGAAAAAGUCAGAAGGAGAAAACCAACAACUGGUUACAUGGUUAUGUUUGUAAGUGAAAUGGUUAGAAAUAUGAAUUCAUGUAGAAGAUCGAACAUAGGCAGAACCCUUAUUUUUGUUUUGGGGGGGGGACAGUGGAGAUGUUUUAGGUGAGGUGAGUUGUAGAUGCGUACCUGAUUGUGUGGGAGAUGGUUGAACAUAAUUGGGAGAUAUGGUUAGGUGGAUAACCUGUGAGUUUGGAAAGCUAAGGAGCUUGACAGCUAGAGAAGGAAGAAUGAAUAAUCAGUAACACUAGCAAGUUAAAUGCAACACCAACAUGGAUUCUAGCAAAGGCCCAGGAGAGGUAACCUUGGACCUGCUGUGAGUGAUAGAACUUGGCUUCAGAAUUGGCUUCAGAAAUGCACCAUAACAGCAUGUGCAAUUGUUGUAAAUUGGUCUAACUUUCUGACCCAAAAGUGACAUAAGCUCAAGGUUUGGACAUUCUGCACUGGAGCAUUGUAUUUGCACUAGUUAAUCCAAAUCGUUAUUAAAAUGAAAUCUUUGCGCUGUUUGUAUUCUGUAAUGUUCCAGAACUUAAAAUAUUACUUAAAUAAGCUUGUGAAAAGUAAGGUAAGUACUGUAGACAGAUUUUUCUCUUUGCGCAAACGGGAGUGAGGGUUGGAGGUCAGCAGUUUAAAAGUUCUGCAAGACCUGCUCAGUGCUGUACUAACACAGGGUAGUGUAACAGGUUAAUUUACAUGAAUGGCACAGAAACACUCUUGAAGUGUCAAUUAUUGUUGCAAUGUUGUUGCAUAAGUCUUACUGCCUCUUGAGGAACUUUACUUUGGGUGGAAUACUCUGUACAAAAUGAUAAUUUAGAGUGAUCCAUCUUUUUUUAAUUACUGUUUAUAUAUAUAAAAAAGGGCUGCUCAACCAACCAUUGGAACAAAACGUUAAGACAUAGCAAUGUAGUACACUCUGGGCCGACUUCCCCCUGCAUUUUGCCAAAUUCAAUUUCGUGCUGGUUCUCAAUUUUCUUAAAUUUGAUAUUUUUAAACCACUGUUCAGUUUUAUUCCUUUUUGUGGUUUCUCCGUUAUUUUUUAUAUAUAAAAUGUCAGUUUAUUUUCAUUUGUAGAUUGCUGAGCAUUAAUAAUGUAACUCAAAGUUAAAGAUUUUGAAGAAAUUAUUUAUUUUAUGUAUUCAGUCAAUUUCUGUGUAUUGGUAAAUACCUCCAAUGUAUUACAAUAGUUUUCAUCCACUCUAUCCUUUUAUCCAUGGAUUUACUGUGUAAUAAAAUUUGUAUCUCCUCUUAUUUGUCCAUUAAAAAGAUAAUACUACUCAUCCACUU